CCCUCGCGCGUGCUCUCCGUCCGCACAUCGCCGAAAGACGCAAACAUCACACUCAUCCACCAUGCCGGCGACCCAAUCAGCGCACCACUUCUCUACUCCAUCGUCACCCUCGAAGGCACAAAACGCAACCUCCUCGUCUACCGCGGCAUCCCCCACCCGCACCCCAGCAGCAUGAUCGGCAACGCAAACUUCCACUCUCUCACUUCUACCACCGACCUCAACUUGCGCGGCGAACCGAUCCGCAUGAAGAUGAGCCAGCUUUCUGGGGAUUUCAACCUCGAGCAUUACCCGUUUGGCAAGCUGAAGUGGAAGGUUAGUAAGAUGACCGGGAGCGGGUUCGAGCUGUGUACGGGUUCGGGAAGCAAGUUGGCGCGGUUGAAGUCGGCGGGGAUCCCGGGGCUUGGAGAGAAGAGGCUGGAGGUGCUUGUCGCGUGUGAUGAGCGGUUUGUGGAGUUAGUGGUGUUGAGCGCGAUGGCGGCGAAGGCUGUAAGUAAGACGCAGAUAGAGGCGGUUGCU